AUUCAAACAUACAAUUUACUCAGAUCUACACGGCAUAUAAUGCAAGUUGAAGCUAUAAAAAUUACACUAAAAAUAGCGGGCAUGGAGUGAUUUGAAAAUAAGAAAACAAGCGAAACGGGUGACAAAUAAAUUAUUGAAAGAAUUGGAUGGGCCACAAAUGAAAGGAACAAUAAAGAAGUAACAUUCAAAGGAUUAGUUCUACACUGAUGACCGUCGUUCCUCAAAAUUCCUCCAAAUCCCGCUUUAAGCGAAACUCUGCUGUUUGAACGUCGACCACGGAACACCAGUGGCGACAUCCUGCUCAACCUACAUUCUCUACCACUCGCAAGAUCACUCCGACGCCUGAUAACCUACCAUCGAAACAAUUUACCAUGACGCUCGUCAGAUCCAUGACAGUUACCCUCCGAAAUAAAUCUAUCGAUCGCUCGCAUAUUCCGAACGAGGUCCAAGAGCGAGUCUAUCGGCGGAACAGACAGAUGUCUCAAGUCGACGUUGCGACGCGUGCGGGGUGGCUCGUGGCGUGGUGCUCGGUGGCGUGGUACGACACGGACGGUGCGCCCCCUGAUGCGGGGUGGGCAAGUAUUGAUUGGGUCGGCGCGUUGGUCGCGGCGUCCGUGUCCAGAGUGCAGGAAGAGAGGGUGGCGGAAUCGCCAGGCGCCAUCACGCGGGGCCACCGCGACCGUCGUCUGAAGGGCCGUCCAGCCAGUGGCCGCGAUCUCGAUUCACCGAAAAGAUGGUCAUGAUGGCUGGCAUGGACGACCACGAGCGAAAAGUCGUCCUCGAGUUCUGCCACCUGCUCGAGAAAAGCAAGCAGCUGUUCAACGGGCUACGGGAUUUACCACAGUACGGGCACAAGCAGUGGCAGGGUUACUUCGGGCGCACCUUUGACAUCUACACGAAGCUGUGGAAGUUUCAACAGCAGCACAGGACGAUACUGGACACGAAGUACGGCCUGAAGAGGUGGCAGAUCGGUGAGAUCGCGAGCAAGAUCGGCCAGCUCUACUACCAUUACUACCUUCGCACCAGUGAGACUUCGUACCUUCACGAGGCCUACUCGUUCUACGCAGCGAUUCGCGGCCGCGCUUACUACAGCCGUGCCGCCAAGGAGGAUAGGAGCGACCUGAUGGUGAAGAAGCUCAGGUACUACGCCCGUUUCAUCGUCGUCUGCCUGCUGUUGAAUCGUAUGAAGCUCGUCCGUGAAUUGGUCCAAGAGUUGGAUGCCCAAAUCGUUGAUUACACCAGCACCUACGAACCGGACGAUCAACUCGAGUGGAAUUUAGUCCUCGACGAAAUCAAGGCGUUCGUGAAGGCCGAAUCGGCCGUCGGAGUGGUGCACUCGGACUCGAACCCGGUUAUACUAACCCACAGGUUGGGGCCCCAGACCUCGCCGCCAGUCGAACGUACGCCACCCAUGUGCCUAUCCCUGCAGGAGAUCCUGAUCGUUGGCAAUUGUGCCGACCAGGUGAAGUUUAGUGAAUUGUCGAUGGACAUGUUCAGGAUGCUGCAAACGCUGGAGAGGGAGCCAAGGGACGACCCUAAUCACCUGCACGAUGCGUCGCCGGCAGGAAGGAUGCCAUUCAGGCCUGGCGCGUAUCCUGGUGCCGAGAACGGUGCCCCGAGGAGGGACAAUCCACACAAGUACCUGUUGUACAAGCCCACCUACAGCCAGGUACAGGUAUUCCUCGCGAGCGGCUUCAAGGAGCUGCCCGCGAACGGAGCGCUGUUGCUCUACUUGUCCGCCGACGGCUGCUUCUCCACCGUCAAGCAUCCGGAAGAAAUGGGGUACGACCUGGGUGGCGUGUCCACGUGUAGCAAGAGGGACCCGGAGCACGGGAAGAGGCCGACAGGUGGCAAGGAACCGCACUGCCUAUACCCGGGUGACCUCUAUCCAUUCACAAGGAAACCGCUGUUCGUGGUCGUCGAUUCGGACAACAGCUUCGUGUUCCAACAGAUACCUCGUUAUUUCGGACAGCCGCUGAUGGUGCUGAUGUCGCCCCAAGACACGCCGUCAACGUUACGCGACGUUCGACACGGUGGAAGCCUGUUCACUCUGUUUCUCCACGCCCCCCUAGCCGCGUUUUGCCUUAUAUGCAACAUCGGCAGCCUGGCCGUGCACCACUGGGAGCGGUGCCAGCGUUACAUCGAGCGAUUCCUCAUCGAGGCUUGUCAGCUCGUCACGCGCUCCAGAUGCGAGGAUUUUGUGAUACAGGUUUGAAGAUUGUGAAGUCUCUCUAAUAGGACAUUUUGUAAUUAAGAGACGUGGAAUAGUGCGAAGGUAAAUUAGAUGUUAUAUUAUUUACGUGCGAAUGAAUUUAUUUUGGUAUCAUCUAUCUUUUUUUUCCUCCAAAGGGGCAAGGAUCGAUCUUCGUUGAAAGGAGUGUGGGCUCACAGAGAGGAAAGAAAUCCACCGACGUAAAUUUCUUUAAUUAUUAAAAUCAUCAAUUAGCAAACAAUAUGCAAUCAUACAUCAGAUCUUUCCCAAAUGCAAAUCAUUUGCAAAAAUUACCAUAGUGUUCCUCCUUAUAUCAAUUCACAUCCAAGAAGUAUGUUACAGCUCAUAAGUAUCGGCCCAUUUAUAGGAAACUUCUUUCUUGAGAAUAACGUUUAAGCUCAUUUUAAAAAGUAAAUACAACGUGUGUCUGUUAGGAAUUAUAAAAAGAAAAACUCUUUUAUGCGGAUAUUCAGACAUUCAAUUCCACGAUUCUGGGAUAAGCGCCCUGCUAUUUUUCAUAAUCUCUUUAUCUUUUACCAGAUAUCGUUGACCUACGUGGCGCGGGUGCCAAAUCACAUAAAAUUGGCGUGACAGCGGAACGCGUUAUCCUCCACAAGCAACGCCAUCUUCUCUCAACAUUGUUUCGCUCGUCAAACGACUAUAAAGCAUCCAGCAAUAUAAUUUAAGUGGCUAUAAUAAUCGACAAGCUUCCAGAUUUGAACAGUUGAAAAUUCAAAGCACCACGUUCGAAAAUGAUGAAGUUUAGAGUUUAAAAUGUUGAGAACUCAAAUAUCUAUCUAUUCGAUAGAAGUUUAUAUUUAAAAAACGCUACAAACUUCUCGAUCAAUCCGAUGGUUAUUCCUUAAUAACGAUUAUAAUCGGCUUUGUUAAUGAGGACUGCAUUAGAAGAAUUCUCGAUCCCAGUCUUCGAAAUCGUCUCGGUUCGUUCACCGGCAGCCAGAACGCGCCGAAAGGGAUUUACGAUUGCGUUCGAACGAUAAACAGAGCUGGCCUAGAUCCAGGUCGUGUUUAUCGCUGAACCGGCAAUCUUUCCUCCUAGACGCGUGAUCUAGGGUCGGCUACAAAGGGGCUCUCCAUUGUUCCUCUCGCGACAGCGAUAUGUCGUGUGCGAGUUUUGAACGUACGAGUGGCUUCCUUUGUCGCAGGCUCUCCUCUCUCUCUCUAUCUCUCUCUCUCUCUCUCUAUCUAUCUAUUUAUCUAUCUCUCACUCACUCACAUUCUCUUUAUAAUAAUCGCGUCGUUAGGUAAAGCUUUGUGCGGAUACGUUUAGUUCACUUUACCCUUAGAAAGUUUCACCGAAAUCGAUCGGGACAGCCAGCUGGCUGUCUAGCUUGACAAUAAUUCGUUCGAAAGUUCGAACAACAACUACAACAACAACAACAACAGGUUCUCUAGUAGCAGGCAACAACAGCAGCAACAGUAAUAUGCAAAUUUGUCGGCCAUAUCUUUGGAUCUGGAACCGUCGUCGAAUUUUUGUUUAGAGGAAGAUCGUGGACGUCAGCAGGCGAUUUCCAGUAUAGUAUGACGAAUUAAGAAUCAAUUUUAGAACUUCAAGAACCAAGUGAACGUAACGUUUCAUUUCCAAUUGUUUUAAUAUCAGUUCACAUCAGCGAUUUCUGUUUUCCAACGUUGUGACUAUGAAAGGGAAUUCGGUAUAUUUUUCCUUAUUUCCUUCAGCCAGAUUCUAUCAUUUUAUGAAAUUCUAUAAUUUUAAAGAAACGUACGUAUCUGUGGUGUUGGUCCUCAAUCGAUUUCCAAGUGUAGUCCAACCGAGCGAUCAUGACAAUGCUACUGCGCGUAAAUCAUAAAAGUGGAUGGAUUUUCCCACCACUUUCUCUUUUAUGUCAUAUGCUUCAAAUUUUCAAACCACAGUGUAAAAGAAGAAAGAUAUGGUUUUCGUAGGAGAAUGUUCUUUAUCUGUAUAUGCCAAUUGUCAUAAUUUAAUUGUCUUCCUAUUCUCGUUAAUUACAUCCUAUGACAUAUGGGAACGAAUAGCGAAAUAAAUGGCUGUACUGACGGUAUAAUGAAUGACGGUAAUGUAACUGCGCUGACGAAACAGUCGCAGAUGCAAUUGACUGCUUAUCAAGAAAAUUUUCUCAAGAUUUUCCACUGCUUACUCUUCAUUUCUCUUUUUAGCAUCACGACCACCCGAUUGGACUAUACAGUUCCGAGUCUUACGAACAGAGUAAACUAUCCUUGUCAUGCAUAUUUUCGUCAGUUUAACCAGAGACAGCGAUAAGGUGUAAAAUAACCCAUCUAACAAUUAAUCUAAUUUUCUAAUUUAAUUUCAUUUCAACGCGACUAUUAUUACUAUCUACUAUUACUCUUGUACUUUUUAUUUACUUUUAUUUACUUUUUACUAUUUUUAAUUUCAUUCAUCUGAUUAUUACUUUAUUCUAUUUCAGAUUAAACCGGAAAAAUUUUGGUUUAGAGAUACAAUCUCUCCUCUUAUAAACAAACGAAAUUCUAGCACAAUGAAGCUGUUUGUAAUGCCAGGAAUUAUUUAGACAGUUGUAGUAGACAGGAAUUAUUUACUAGAUGUUUAAUAUCAAAGAUAUAAGUGAUUUUUACUUCCUAUAAUACAAAUUCCAUAUUUCAUGUUACAAAUACAAAAGAGGAAAGUUUAGAUGAAUAUAAUUGCCUUUAGAGUUAUUAUUCUUUCCUAUUUUUUAGAUAGAAGAUAAUAUGUAUGAAGGAACAAGAAAGUUUUUUCUUGAAUAAGACUUGGACAAUGUUGAAUUUCGAGGAUUGAAAAAUACACCUUAGAAAAGAUGUA